AUGGCGACGAGUACAACGACAGCUACGGCUACUAGUACAGCUCGGGCCACUGCACAGGGAAUCCUCCAGGGAGGAAAUCCAUCUCACUAUGAUUCCUCAAAUCCUAUUGUCAUGUUCAUUAUCCAGCUUCGGUUUCAUCGGCGGCCUUUUGCUUACAAUGUUCGUUUAGGCAGGCAUAAUUAUCAUUUUUUGCCGUCUGAUCCACUGGCCGUUGUCCAAGCUUCGCCAACCUACUGUGAUCGCCGAGAUCAUCGUUGGUAUUCUGUUGGGUCCAAGUUGCUUUGGGCGCAUUCCAAAUCCGAAGCUGAUAUGUACCAUGACAGGUUCACCGAGACAAUAUUCCCCACCCAGAGUCUUCAAGCUCUUAGCGUGAUGGCGAAUCUAGGAAUCAUUCUGUUCUUAUUCCUCGUCGGCUUAGAAACAGACCUGCGCUUCCUCAUCAAGAACUGGCGCGUGGCAGCUAGUGUCUCGGCACUGGGAAUGAUAUUACCAUUUGGACUGGGCUGUGCCAUCUCAUAUGGACUCUACAACCAGUUCCAGAACGACCCAGGUACCGUUCCCGUCGACUUUGGUACCUUUUUACUUUUCAUCGGUAUUGCCAUGGCUAUCACAGCCUUCCCCGUGCUCUGCCGUAUUUUGACAGAACUGAAGCUCCUCGGAACCGAAGUUGGUGUCAUUGUGCUAUCAGCCGGUGUCGGAAAUGAUGUAGUUGGCUGGAUUCUUCUUGCCCUUUGCGUGGCCCUAGUGAAUGCCAAUAGCGGCAUCACCGCACUCUAUGUCCUCUUGGUGGCGGUCGCGUAUGUGCUAUUCCUGACUUUUAUUUUUCGACCACUUUUCAUUCGCUUUCUUGAGCGCACGGGAAGCAUACAGAAAGGCCCCAGCCAAUCUGUUGUGAUGAUGACUUUGUUGAUUGCUCUGGCAUCAGCUUUCUUCACGCAAGUUAUUGGAAUCCAUGCCAUUUUCGGAGGGUUUGUUGUGGGCCUAAUGUGUCCCCAUGAAGGGGGCUUUGCCAUCAAAGUGGCGGAGAAAAUCGAGGACCUGGUUGCUAUUAUCUUUUUGCCGCUUUACUUUGCGUUGUCUGGACUUAGUACCAACCUGGGACUACUGGACAAUGGGUUAGUAUGGGGAUACGUUGUUGGAAUCAUUGCCAUUGCCUUCAUUGCUAAGGUUACCGGGGGUGCUCUUGCGUCUCGCUGGUGCGGCAUGUUAUGGCGUGAAAGUUUCUCUAUUGGCGUUCUGAUGAGCUGUAAGGGACUGGUGGAAUUGAUUGUUCUGAACAUUGGUCUUCAAGCCAAGAUUCUAAGUACACGAACAUUUACAAUGUUUGUUGUCAUGGCCCUCGUUACAACAUUCAUGACCACACCCUUGACUGUAUCACUUUAUCCCAAUUGGUAUCAGGUUAAGGUUGCGCGUUGGCGACGUGGCGAGAUCGAUUGGAACGACAAUCCACUACCGCAGGAAUCUCGCUCAGACAGCGUUGCCGCCGUGAAGGAUCAGCUGAAGACCGUGCCUGUACGGAAGCUUCUUGUCUAUCUCCGCCUUGAUGGCCUUUCUGGACUCUGUACUUUGGCAGCCCUCUUAACUCCGACCCGUGGAGCUGCCCUCUCGACGCCUCGGACACAUCCAUCAAAGGCACCGAAGCCAAGUGAACAAACUGUCGAAGAGCCCACUGGGCAAGAUUAUGAUGAGGCAACUGCUCUACGUGUUCAUGGUGUGCGACUCAUGGAAUUGACAGAUCGUGACUCCAGUGUCAUGAAGGUAUCAGCCAGAGACUCUGCCCUUUGGGACCCAGUAAUCAACACAUUCCGUGCUUUCGGCGAGUGGCAUGAUAUUUCUCUUAUGGCUGGUGUAUCUGUGGUCCCCGAACAUUCAUACGCUGAUACAGUCGUCAACAUGGCCCGUCAAGAUUCAUCUGAUCUACUUCUCCUACCAUGGAGCGAGACCGGUACUCUGGCAGACCGUCAAAAUGGUCUUGACGUCGACCCAAUGAACCGUUUCAUGAAUGGCGAAUAUGCCGCCUUCGUCUCAAAUGUCCUGGAUGGAAUAUCUGGAAAUGUGGGCAUUUUGAUUGAUCACAACACCGAUGGACCCGUCAAAAAGCCAUCAAUGCAGCGUUCCCCGAGCGAUUUGGGCAUUCAAGCAAGCGCCUGGUCCCGUCCACCGAAAGGAAACCGCUCUCACCAUCUUGUUUUCCCUUUCUUCGGCGGCAACGAUGACCGUUUCGCACUUCGUUUUGUUCUGCAGCUGGCUCAGAAUGACCAAGUCACUGCAACUGUUAUUCAGCUAUGCUCUUCCCGAUCAGACUCACCCAAGGGCACUUUGUCCGAAUCAUCGGAUUUCGCUUUCUUUGAAACUCUUCGUGAUUCCGUUCCUAGGGAUCUGCAAGAACGUGUUAUCUUCCAGUCUUCGCCGGUACAGGAUACUAUCAGCGAUCCUGCCCAGGUAGCUCUUACUGCCGUGCGAGAAGAGUUAAACAAGGGCUUUAACAAACAUGGUAACAUCGUUGUCGUUGGACGUAGCAGUGGCGCAGAUGCAUCAAUUAUCGAGUUGAACCCUGAUGAAAUUGUAGGCGCUGGCGCUCGUCAGGCGCUAGGCGCCACUGCAUCAGUGAUGGUGCAGCCCGAUAAUAAGGUGUUUGGAAGCGUAUUAGUGCUACAAGCCGGUGCUAACUCUGUAUCAUCUGGAGAUCUUCGUUGA